AUGGAGCAUAUGCGGGAGAGCCUAGAUGACACUUUGGAUGGUCCAGUGCCCUACCACUUUGUGUGGUGGAUCAUUAUGUUGUCUUACUUUGUCAGUCUAGUUGGGUCCGUGACGACUGUCGAGUUUCUUCACCGUCGAAGAGUAGGUCAAGGCCUCAUCAGCCAGCUCCAGUUAGGUGCAUGUGCCGUUAGCUUUGGACUUGUAGCCAUUUGGUGCAUGCAUUUCGUUGGUAAUCGUAGCAUUGUACUGGCGAAUGGCGAACCUGAGCUUCAACUGUACUACAACGCGGCUUGGACAACGUUGUCGGCUGUACUGCCAAUUUUUUUCCUCUAUGUUGGUUUCUUCCUCGUAGAUCGCUUUAGCAGGAGUCAACGUGCAAUGCACCUCUCGCUCAUCGGUACUGGACUCACUGCAGGCUUGUCUAUCACAGGAAUGCACUAUGUGGGCAAUCUUGGUGCCACGAAUUAUCGAUUGUCGAACAAACCAGGUCAUAUAAUCGGUGCUGCAAGCAUUGCUGUAGUCUCUUGCUGGGUCUCCUUCACCAUUUUUUUCCGUCAGAAAGAGCUAUGGAUAAAUUCGUGGUACCGACGAGUGAUGUGUGCCGUGUUGUUAGCUUGUACAGUGUCUGGUAUGCAUUGGACUGCUACUGCUGGAACGACCUAUUAUCGCAUACGAACUUAUGCCGGCACCGAGGAAGAAAGAAAUCGCAAUGUCAUUGUUGCGACAGCACUAUGUAUGACAGCGCUGCUUUGUAGUGUUACGCUGAUGUACGUGACCGAACGGCGACGGAGAGAAUUAGCAGAUCGUGCACAACACGUUGUGCUUGCAAGUUUCAUCGUUGAUCGCGAUGGACGUGUCCUCGUCACCCAAGAAGGACUGUUACCUUGUCGAAUGAUCACAAAGCAAUACAACCAGAGAUCCUUGAACGACGAAUUCAACAUUGCACAUCCAGUUUUCCAAUGGAUCUAUCGCGUCACCCACCACUGGUCUGGCGUUGCAAUUCUGAUACCAACAAUGAGAUCUCACUUGCGAGCAGUCGGAGCAUUACAGGGCUCGAUACGACCUGGAGCACUGCGAACGGCAACCACAUCAUGGGACGGCGCGACCGCCGAGGACGAUUAUUCUGCUAUCUUCAGAGAACAAUUUUGUGUUGCUGCUCAGGACCUUGCCGAUAAUCUCCACGUGCCAUUAGACUCACUUGGGACCUUGAUGGACGAUAUUAUGAUGACAGGCAUAGGAAGCAAGAAGUUCAAGACCAAGGGUGGAAAUGUUAUGUCUGCGUUAGAAGCAGGGAUGUAUGCCCCUGCACUGUUCGGAAAGGGCCAGAUCUUGUUUCUGGUCAAACAAGUCAACAAGAUCGAGGCAGUAAGACUAGUCGAUCAAGGAUAUCGAUUUGCACAUAUCGAAAGGCCGACUGACAAAGUUCUUGAGCUGAUGGCGCGGGGUAUGCAAGUUAAGAGAGAGGACUUGCUGCUGAAAAUAACGUGCAUGAAGGAGUUCGGUCUACAGGACGCCGAAAAGAUGAAAUCGCCGCUCGAAUCAGGAACACACAUAUCGUGUUUUGUCUUACGCCCUCCCGUGAAGAGCUCUGCAUCUGGCUGGGAUGUUCUGGUACGAAAAACCUGUCCUAAUACUCUUCCAAGCGUGGAACUCUACUCCACCACGCUUCCGCCUUCUCGAGUGCAGCUUUUAGAGCGUCUAGAUGGAUUCAACUAUACUCAGUGUUUGAACUACUGCGAUAAGAUGACAAACGACGCUACAACUUCAGAGGAUAGAGAGUUCCACCGGCUUGUAUGGAAGACCAUGGUUCAUCUGGAGAAGCUGCUGCCAGCCGCGUUCCUGCGGUGUGCCCUGUUUUGUGGCACGCCUGUUAACGUUCAGAACUGCAGUGCUAGCAAAGGUGCUACUCUCUUUUCAUUCUGCGUUAUUCCCGAUGUCCAUAGCUCUAGCCUGAGCGCUGAGGACGUCGUAAAUUGGACCCCUUUCAGUUUCUUCCGAUGCCGACAACGCACGCACAAAGGCUCAGUAGAUCACAUACUGCUAGCUCGCCGCAACCACAUCGAAUUUGGCGCUCUGCUAGCAAACAUUGGGGUCAAUCAGCUGCAGUAUCAUUCGAAUACAGUCCAUAAACCUAGCAUAAACGACGUCACACGUAAUGCCGCCGCGAAACCUCUGUCCAAGCUCUUAGAACGCCUCGGGGGAGGCAACAAAGAUCUCACACCAGUUCACUUCGUGACUGACAGCUCUUCUGAAAAGGGUCUCGUCGAUCGUGUCAGCCGGGAAGAACCUAGUUGCAAUCCUUUCGGUGGAAUCAUGGUCAGUCAAGACAUUACCGUCGACACGGACGACAAGGCAGCGCCUGGUAUUGAGCUGCACGAUCUCGGCAUGCGAACCGAAGCCGGCGUCGCCGAUAGCGAGACAUCAACAUAUGUGGAUCAGCUUUUCCGGCUGACCAGUGCAAAGUGGUCGAAGCCGUGAGUUGUCGUGCCAGGUGAGUGAUAUGUCUACCGUCUCAUCAGAUCGACAUGUUGCCUACUUUGUGAUUUGUUCUAGUAAUACCCAGACUACUCUUUGUGUGGAGUAUUGUAGAGUUUCUUUCUUCUGGUGUGCAGUGUUUUGACUGUGCGUUUC